CGCUGGUGACGGCACGAGCGGCAGUUCCCUCUCUGCGCCUCCGGACGCUCCCCGUCUCUCUCGACGCACUGGACAGACACAAACUUUCCGGCUUGACGUGGUGGUGCGCGCCGAUUAAGCGGUGCCGGUUUAAUUAGUGCUCGCUGCUCGCUCUCUGUCUCUCGGCUUUACGGCCCAUUCGCCCUCCCUCUGCGUCGUCUCGCUCGGAACAGGUGAAGAGCGGGCGCCGGCACGUCGUCAUCCACUCGCCGUUGAUUGACGCGUCAACUGCCCCGUUAAACGAGCCGACGCACAGCAGCCGCUUAAUUAAGCAUGCGGAAGACGGCCUCAUUAAUUCUGCUACUGCUGCCCCUGCUCAUUAAAUCAACAGCUGCGAGAAUAGGUUACUUUUGGCACAUCACGGACAUCCACUACGACGUCAACUACACCAGUCUGGGGGACCCAACCAAAAUGUGCUGGCUGAUCCGGCCAAACAACGGCGGAGGCGUGGUUCGGCGACAGCCCGGCCAGUUCGGCGACUACAACUGCGACUCGCCGUGGUCGCUGGUCAAGAGCGCUGCGGACUUCAUGAAGAAAAAACACGGCGACAACAUCGAAUUCGUGCUCUGGACAGGGGACGCGGGCUCGCACGCGGCCAACGACCCGCACAAGCUGCUGGCCACCAUGCAGAACCUGACCGACCUGCUGAAGCACACGUUCAGCUCGCAGUUCGUGUUCCCGGCGCUGGGCCACGGCGACGUCAUUGGACACCACCACCACCACCACGCACACCUGCACGGAGGCCUCACCGCCCACGAACUCUACAAGAGCGUCGCAGACAUGUGGCGCUUCUGGCUGCCCUCCGAGGCCCUCGCCUCCUUCGAGAAAGGUGGCUAUUAUACGAUUGAGAACAAGGGCAACCGGCUGCGUCUGAUCAUCCUGAACACGAACCUGUACGUGCGUCACAGCGCGAUGACGAAUUACCGGCACCCGGAGGCGGCCGCCUCCUUGUCCCCCGGGGGCGACGACGACCCCUACGGCCAGUGGGAGUGGCUCGAGGGGGUGCUGGACAAGAGUCUGCGGCGCCGCGAGUUUGUGUACAUCCUGGGACACGCCCCUCCGGGCGCGGACGAGCGGCUUCUGCCGUCCUCGCCGUCUUCCGAUUCAACAACGGACGGACCCUUCCAGGAGAAAUUCAACAAAAAGUACCUGCACUUCGUGCGCAGGUACUCCAACAUCAUCGCCGGCCAGUUCUUCGGACACCUCCACACCGACACGUUCAGGGUCAUCUACAACGAACUAGGAGAGCCGGUGAACUGGCUGAUGGUGGCGCCGUCGCUGACGCCGUGGCGCCCCCCGAGUGACUCGAGCAACCCGGGACUGCGGCUCUUCAAAUACGACACCGAGUCGGGACAGAUCCUGGACUACACGCAGUUCUACCUGGACCUGGCGCAGGCGAACCAGAAGGGCAAGGCCGAGUGGCAGCCGGAAUACAACCUGACCAGCUUCUACGGCCUGUCCGAGGUGUCCGCACGGUCGCUGCACCGGCUGGCGGAGACCUUCCGGCACACCGAGGACACGGAGCUGUUCGAGCGGUACGUGCGCGCCAACACGGUGUCGAUGCAGCCCGCGCACAACUCGUACACCUACAACAACGGCUACAGCAGCUCCGGGCUGGUGGACACGGGCGGGCCGACGUGCGACCGGCAGUGCCAGCAGAAGCACUACUGCUCCGUCACCAGGGUGUCCUACCCUGAGCUGAAGCGCUGUCUGCGCGACGACACGGUGUGGAGCUCGGCCGGCGCCACCAGCCACGCCCUCGCGCCGCUCGUCGCCGUAGCGGCGCUCGUGGCGCGGUGACUCGGACAGCGGCCAGCCGCUGCCGCCAUCGAGCGGUGAGCGGCGCAAGCAAGCAUGUACCUGACUCUCAGGAGUGAUGAGUGGCGCGGACGGGCGGCGGGAGCAAGCGGGACGAGGGCCGAGAAGCCAUGCAGUGCUGCGCAUCGAUAGAUAACGGGCACAACAAGAGUGACACGUGUGUUGUAAUACUACCUAAGUAAAAGCUACUCUAGCCGAGAAAAUAUAAUAAAAAAAUUAUUCCUUUGUAAGAUGAAGAUGAAAAAUGAGAGCAACAGAUAUUUGUGAUAUUUAUCUUUAGCAGAGUUUGUUGUUUCUAUAUAUGUAUGUUUUCGUCCCUCCUCUCUGCAACCCCCAUCCCCUGUAGACGCCUUGAAUCGUUUUCUCUUUGCUGGGAGAGGUUGAAUGUUUGUUAACUAAAAUCAACAGCUGCUGCAUGGCUUUUGCAGUCAAAUUCAAACCCAGUAGGUGGAUUUCAGUUUAAGCGCCUUGUUUCCUUAUACUCAUUGUGGCAGUACGCGAUUAUUUCACCUAUGUUCUAGUUCAAAAAUGUGCACAGUUUAAACAUGUUUUUUAAUUUUAACGGCAAGACCAAAGUCCUUAAGUCAAAGCAACGGGGGCCAGGUUGCGAUCUGUGAAGGUUCCCGCCGGUCAGAAGUCAUUAUGGCGUCGAAAUUUAUAAUUGUUUGAGGCUGCGCAGUAUAUGUAUGCGCAUCUAAAGCAUGCGUACAAUGUUCAGAUCGCUUCUCCGUCUCUCAGGAUGGCCAUAACGCAUCACUGCGCAAGCGUGACCCAAUUUAAAACCUUCUGCGCAGUCGUAAUUCCCACCUGGGGCCUGGCUGCGAUCUGUGUUUGGUUCCCGCCGGUCAGAAUUCAAUAUGGCGUCGAAAUAAUGGAGGCCAAUCAGGAAACAGUCCAGUGGCCAAUCAGAAGCGCCGAAAAGGGGCGUGCCGACCUUAAAAUUGCAUUCCCGCGUAUUUUGUUGCAUUUCUAAUAGCCUGAUGUGCGAUCUAACGGUCGAUUCGCCAAUAUCUUGACGCCAUAUCUGCGCGUUGACACGUGAAUCUAGCCCCCGACGCUGUUGGUGAUUAGAAAGGCACGGAUUUUGACAUUAUUUUGGCACAAAAUAUUCUUUAAUAAGACUGUCAGUUGCUACUAAAUAAAGAUAAGCGUAACUUACGAAAUGCAGUUGGGUCCACAAAAUCCCUGCUCGGUUGUUCAUUAAUAAGAAUUCCGUUGGAUGUGUUAAAAAAAAAACCAAACCUGCUUACACAAUGAAUUUUAAUCGCAAGCCUAGUCAAAAUGCCCCAUGUCACGGGGACAAUUCACCACGAGCAGAGUCAAAAGUCGAAACGGGACAAUUAUUUGUUAGCGGAUAUUUUAGUGACAUGGGUCGGAUGUGUUGGAUGUGCAGUGGGCAGACGAAUAUAGCAGAAGAGGUUCAAGUUUGCUAAAUUUUAUGUGAUCCUGCGUGCGUGUGGUUGUUUCGGUGUAAAUACUAGCAAAUUAAGGAGUGGAAACGCAAGCCACAGGGUGGAUGCUGAUUGCGAACGUCGUGUUUUUAAUUCUUGCCAUGCCAAAGAUGAAUACAAACACUAUUUUUCAAAGCGCGUUUCCGAUAAGGGUUUUCUCAGCGUGUUCGAUCGUUUCACACCUUGGACGCUUUUCUGUUUGCAACAAAAGGAGACUUUUCUCUGCCUAAUUAAAGUCUAAGUUUGUACCUAAUCUAUACUCACGAAAAAGGAAGGCCGACGAGCGAGAAAUGUGUAUAAUUUACAUGUGUCAAUGUCUCUGGACAAACUAAGAAGAGCAUACUUAUGGGACUUUUUUGUAUUAAUACAUAAUAAAGCUUUAUAAAUACACCCGAGGAUUAAAAAAAAAAGAAGAAGCAAAUUGUAUUACUGUAAUUUCAAAUCGUUCAUGAAAUAAAAAUAUCUUUGAUGUUAAC